CUUUCUUGAACCAGCUCAUCUCUCUCUCUCAAAAUAGUGAGUGUGAGAGAGGAAGAUGAUGAAGGAAAAAAAAAAGGUCCACAAGUCUGAGCUGUCUGCAAAGGAAGUAAUGUGGCUUCAUUUAAGGUUUGAAUGAACCCCUCCCUCUCUUUCCCUAUUAGCCCAUCUCCAUAAUCUGCUUCCAUCAUCAUCAACCAUUCACCAUUCACCAUUUUACCUGUCUUUAUAUUGAACUUUAUACAUCCAUAUGAAAUUACUACCAUAAAUAUUAUCUUCUCCCUCUAUAUAUAUUCAUCUACAGAGUCUAGAAGAGAAAGAGAGAAAGAAAGAAAGAGAGAGACACAAAUUAAAAAGGUCCCUUUUGAUUUUGAAGGCUGCAGCUAACUGUAAUGGCAGCCCAAAGGAGCAGUAGUGGUAGCAUUACUCCAUUAAUGCUCCAUUUAUGCUGCUGCUUCUUCCUCCUACUCAUAGUUUCACCAUUUUCAACUAUCCUGGCUCUGACACAGCAACAAGAGCUGGAUCGGAUUAUAUCACUUCCCGGCCAACCAAAGGUCUCGUUUGCUCAAUUUUCUGGCUACGUUACGGUCAACGAGAAGAAUGGCAGAGCUCUUUUUUACUGGUUGACAGAAGCCAUUACCAGCCCUGAGAAGAAGCCUCUUGUUCUUUGGCUCAAUGGAGGACCAGGGUGUUCAUCUGUGGCUUAUGGGGCCUCUGAGGAAAUCGGACCAUUUCGAAUCAAUAAGACAUCUUCAUCACUCUUCCUUAACAAAUACUCUUGGAAUACAGAGGCAAAUCUUCUGUUUCUGGAGUCUCCAGUUGGUGUUGGUUUCUCUUACACAAAUACAAGUUCUGACCUCAAGAACUUCGGUGACAAAAGGACAGCUCAGGAUGCUCUAAUUUUCCUAGUUAGAUGGUUCUCGAGAUUCCCUCAAUACAAAAAUAGACCUCUCUACAUUACAGGGGAAAGCUACGCAGGGCAUUAUGUACCCCAGUUGGCCUUGAAAAUCCUGGACUACAACAAACAGUUUCCCAAAUCAGCCAUCAAUCUUAAAGGGACUAUGGUUGGAAAUGGUGUAAUGGACAACAAAUAUGAUAGCUUAGGAACAGUUUCAUAUUGGUGGACACAUUCCAUCAUAUCAGAUAGCACAUACACAUCAAUCAUGAAAUCGUGCAAUUUCUCGUCGGACAAUUCAUCGCAAAAGUGUGAUGAUGCAGUAAAUUAUGCGCUGAAUCAUGAAUUUGGCGAUAUUGAUCAGUACAGUAUUUAUACCCCAACUUGUAGUUCAGGAACACCAGCAGCAAACAAGCACAUGAGGCUGAAGAACAGUCUUUUGCGUCGAAGGGCAUCUGGAUAUGAUCCCUGCACUGAGAAUUAUGCUGAAAAGUACUAUAAUCGACCAGAUGUUCAGAAAGCCCUUCAUGCAAAUACUACUGGGAUUCCAUACAAAUGGACUGCUUGCAGGUACUACUAAUUAAACCAAGAAUGCCUAAUCAUUAAUUUAGAUGAACAUGUUUAUGAAAAUUCGCUCGAUACUCAAUUCUUUUCUGUUUCUGGUCUGUUUAGUGAUGUGCUUAUAAAGAACUGGAAGGACGCUGAUUUUUCAAUGCUGCCAACAUACAAGAAGUUGAUCGCAGCCGGUCUAAGAAUUUGGAUCUUCAGGUACAACCAUCCAACCUUUUUUUAGAAAGAAAAAUGAAUUGGCCCAGCAAGAAUCGAACCUCGAUCGACCUCCUGAUAAUAACCAUCUAUAUUCUAAUCUCCUGGCACGACCAUCGAAGUUAAUUGAACUCAAGACUUUUUCAAUGUAAAAGACCAAAGCAAAAACUAAAGCACUAAUAAGUUUAAUAAGCAUACUAGUAAUUUUGCAAAUACAUAUUUUAGACUUUAGUUGGAAGUUUUCUUGAAAACUUAACCUCAGAGAUUUGCAUCCUGUUUUCCGACGACAUUGCAGUGGGGAUACAGAUUCAGUAGUACCAGUCACCGCCACAAGGUUUUCACUGAGCCAUAUGGACCUGAAAGUGAAGACAAAAUGGUAUCCAUGGUACCUUGGUGGACAGGUUGGAGGCUGGACAGAGGUUUAUGAAGGAUUAACCUUUGCAACCGUAAGAGGGGCCGGACAUGAAGUCCCUUUGAUUCAACCAGAGAGAGGUUUGGCUCUGUUUCAAUCAUUCUUGGCAGGCAAAAAAUUACCAAAUUCUUAACCCCUUUUAAUAUAUCAUGCAACCAACACAGAGCUAGAAUUCAAUGUCUUUUAGGGGUAUGAUCAAGCAAGCAAAUACUAUAUAUUGUCCCAAAAGUAUGUUCCCUAGAUUCAAAUAGAAUAGAAGAAUAUGAUUCAUUUUAAGGCCUAUUCAUGAAUAGCCAAAAUUGUAGCAGAGGAAAGGAAUAUCUUUGGAAGAAAGAAAACAAAGUUGAUUUAACAGCCUCGUCAAAUUUAAUUGUAAAUUGAAAAUGGAAUAUGAGCUGUUGUAUGAACAUUUUAGAUUAUAAUAAUAAUAAUAGUAGCUUAUUUGAUGUUUAUCUCGAUGCGUUUAUCAAUAGACCGGUUCACAAAAAUCAUUUACCCAACACUGUGAAAACACAAACAUAAAUGAGAGAUGCAAAAGGACUUACUUGUUCAUCCACAAAAAGUUUAUAAAAAUCUUCAUCUAAUCACCUUGCGAGCACUUCUAGUUAGACCAUAAAAACAGAGAGAAAAAAGAGGCCAUCAUUACAUAACAGAUUUCUAGCACAUUUCUAGCAUUAAGAACAAGAAUGCUCCAUCCGUUUUUUUAGGCGGCACCUAUUAGUACUUUAUAGGUACCUAGGUUAUUACUGCGGGGUAGAACCUAAUAUGAAGAGGACAGUACUACUAGGGGGAGACUCUACUCACGUGCGCUUCUUGUUCGGACUACAAUGGCAGGCCUUCUGCCCGCUUAAACUGGCUGCUGGUGAGCUACAUGCAUCCUCCUUCAACUUCUUGCUUCCUGCAUCCGCGGUAAGAAACGAACCUUCAACCUCGCAGUUAAAGGUAACCAGCAGGGCACGACUCGAUUCCUCUUCAUCCCCUCUUACAUGUUCUAAUUGGGAUGUAUAACAUCUGGAAAUUCUAAUCUAUUCAUCAAUAUAAUAAUAGCAAUAAGACUGCAAAAGAUGUGAUUCUUUCAGAAUAGUUCAAAACCCAAGAACAGCAAUAGAAGAAACUUGCCUUUAACUGGUACCAAACUGAACAAUGGAGCUCUGUUGUUAAAUUUUAGACAUGUAAUCAUGUUCCACAAAAAGAAUCCCUUUCUCCCAGAAACGCAAACAAGGCCAUUGGAAGUACCCAACAAUGUUGCAAUCACACGAUCAUCCACGAGCAAGAGGGAAUUGCUUCGUAUCAAGGUUAAAAACCAUCAUGUCAAUCAUACAUCGAAAAAUAACCCAGCGAUGAGCAUAGUCAUCUUCUCUGGAAGACUUUGUGAGGUGGGGCUUUGAUGAAUUUUUGGCAAUGAAAUCAAAGUACGCCAGAAAUGCAUACGCACCCUGAAUCAAACUAGGGCUUUAGCAGGGAGCCAGAUGAAUGUCUAAAAAUUAUGUCUUUGUUUAGGGUUUUUGGGGGAUUCUUCCAUGGAAGAUCCCCGAUUUCUUGCUUUGGAUGCGAAGAGGAAGCAAUUGAUUUGUAGAAUUUCCAUAUCGGCGCCGUGAAAGAAAUGAAGAUAAGUAAAUAUGAUUUGUAUUUGUGAAGUUGCAGAACAGUAUCAUUUGGCCAGACUUCGGGUGAAUCAUAAGGAUGUUGUUUUGCGACCAGACAUGGCCAGAGAGUCACAGGUUUGAAACUAGAAUAUGGAUGUAUACAGACAUGUCUAGACGUUAUGAAAUAUGGAUUUCGUCAAACUGCCAAAACUAGAAGAGUUCAGUUCUUUGAAUUCAAGAAAAAACCCAUCUUCAACCCAAAAUGAAAUACACAAAAAUAAAAACGAAAAAAUAAAAUAAAAUAAAAAGCAAACAAUACAUUGGAGAAAAUCCUGAUCACAUAAUGUUUCCUAUGCCAAAAUUGGUCAAUUCUUCUUUUUAUACUAAAAGAAAAAAAGUUAAAAUAAAAACCAAGAUCAAGUGUAUCUGCCUACAAUUCCUCCACUCUAUAUUUUCUGGUCUUGGAAUCCUGCUGCAUUAUUGCUUAAAUCCCUCACCGAGACCUGGAGGCAUUCCCAAACUCUGGGCAAGAUCGCUCAUCCUCUCCUUCAUGGCCUUAAAAAUUUAUAGUGGAACAAUACUUAGACAAAAGAGCAAGUCUGGGCUUUCAAGGCCCUUUUCUUCUAUGUUUGAAAAACCAUAAACAUGUUCAAGUCAAGGGACAUCAUCUAUUUUUUGGAAUAAGAUCCUUACCAAAACACUCUUCUGAUGAGCAUCUUUGUAUGCCUCGGUGAUCAAAAGGGAAAGUUUCUGCACAAAAAAUAGUGUACAAAUUGUCAUUAUGUUUCAGUCAUUUCUCUCUAAUGCCAAACUGUGCAUAUUAGGAAAGGAUAACAUAUAGCCCACUCAACCAUCUGAAGAGAAAUCAGUGAAUUGUCAUUGAAUGGGUACAACAGUUCAAAUAAGAUCAACCGCCUACGAAUAUAAAUGUCUAACUUUAGAUGCGAUAAGGGAAAUUCUUUUUUUUUUUUUCUACCUAGCCACUAGAGCAUAAGUUAUUAACCAGCCACCAGUGAAAUAAUCGAGUGUUCAGGACAAUGGUGCAGAUAAUCAAUCAGUUAACCAUCAGAAAAAAACAAUAGAAGCACAUUAGAAACUAGACAGUUACAGCAGCAUCUUCUUCAAAAAGUGACAACUAGAAGCACCAGGGAAGUAAAAGGGGAAAUUCCAGCGGUCCAGCUGUCACUUAAAGGAAGCUAAUGUGUCCCAGUCCCAACAAAAACUGUCACCAGAAGCUAAGUAAACAGAGAACUUAAUGCAGGCGCAUUUAAUCUGAACAAUGCCACUAGGACAGACAGAAGUCAAAUACUUGCAUGUAGUAGACAAGGUAUACUGCAAAUUAGUUAGGAAUAACUUGGAUUAAUUGUGAUCUGAAAGUGCCUAGUUCCAAUCUAAGUACUGUAAAAGGUAUAAGACUUAGUAGGGAGAGGAAUUUUACAGAACUAUUCAAGGUCUUAGUUCACACGAGGCAAACAAGCUGUGAAAAGUCAUCUCAUCGAGAAGAAGAACAAAAGUCGAACUUUUUCAAAUUCAACUGAAGGUCAAACUUGUUUAGAAGAUAAUCUUCAACAGUAGAAAAUAAGAGUUUCCAAAGGCGGGCGAAAUAAAAGCCAUGUAUGACAUUGCUAUUGUGUUAUAGUAAAAAGGCCAAAAACUAGAAACGAUCCCAAAGAGCUUUCACCUGAUAUUACUGAGUUAUGACUUAAGAGAAGAUAAUCUCAUGUUCGGUCUGGAUCUAAGGUGUUUACCCCUAUCUUUUUGCCAAACUUUUCUAUAGGUUUGAGCUAAGGAGCCAGAUAAGAUGCAGGAAACCGAUAUAUGCUCUCCAAACUCCUAAAGGAGCUUCUUGGCUCGUAGCAAAAAUGACACCAUCUUGUUGGUCAAGGUAGCUUUUUAAGGAAUAUUUCUCUUUUUCUUACACACAGUACACAGGAAAAGCAUAUACAACCCGACCCUUAUACGCGGAUGGAUGAUGAUCUGAAGCAAAGACUAAAAUGCUUCCAUUGUAUUAUUACUGCUGAUUAAAGAACAAAUAAGCAAUUUUAGCAUUGACAUGAAGAGAAAAGCAUUGGGAGUUGAAUGAAAGUUCAGAUUACAUGAGCUUCUGCUUCAAGUUAACAAGGACCUAUUAAUAUCUUGGAUAGUUCAUGCAACAUAUACCAGCAGCCAUCUUUAACACCUAUACUUGACCAUGCCAACUUAGAUACCAUUUUCAUAUUAAUACAGAAAUACAUGUAUAGCCACAAAGGCUAGGAGCUUGCCACGUCUAUUCAAAAGCCUAUCAAGAAAAGUAGAGGCCAAAAGGAUUCACAAACAUCUGCAGUGAAAGGGCUGAGUAUAAUAUGAUACUUACUUCAGACCCCAAAUCCAUUGCAGCCUCUGUGAUUUCAGUACGUACUGGUUGUUGGUUCCCUGAUAAAGUCACCUGAAAGAUAAUUGAACUCCAAACUUUACCUAAAUCCUCACAAACCAGUAAAAUGUAAGCUAGAAAUUCUCUAGCGCAUGCUCAUCCAGGCAACAUACUGAAAACAUGGAAGGAGGAAAAAUUACACCAGAAAGUACAAGAUCAUACUAUCAUGUCAGUAGGAUACUGUAUGUGGCAAGGGCUUUAGGUAGCUUAGUCACGCAAAAACAAAAGUGCCACAAAAAUCAAAAGAUUACAGGCGAAACCGCAGAACUUUGUUUAAUAAGAUGUAGUAGGUGCAAACUAAUUCUCUGGCAUACUGUUUUACGUUCGAGUAAACCAAACACAAAAGGCUUCACUUCUCCAUUUUUUUGUUUUACCGGUCUGAGGACCAAAAGAGAUAUGUUUUAGCAGUGUUAAAUCAUCAAAUUAAAGGCUACGGCAUUUCUAAGCUCACCACCUAUCCUUAAUAUGACUUUCAGAUAUUGAGAAGACACUUUUGAUUAUAAACUAAGCCGCCUUUUUUUCGUUCCCUUUUAACAAAUGUUAACAAUGACAAUGAUAUCUUAGGCACAUGGAUGUUGAGUUUAGAGAGGAAUGAAACAAGAAAAGAAAGUGGUAGAUCUAUUAUCACACACUACAACCUUUUUCAUAUUACUUUUCCACCCAAUCCAUCUCUCCCGUGCCUUCAGUAAGGUUAGGCUUGACAGUUGGACACCAACUAAAGUUCAGAACCAGAGAUCCAUGAAUCAAUUUUCAUGAGAUUAAACACAAACAUAAUUUUUCGCUCAACAGUUAAAAAAAAGAGAAAUAGAAGAAAACGAUUUCCUUGAUGUGUCCCUUUUUGGGAGAGAAAGGAGAACAAGAUGUUGAAGUUUACAUAAAAUCCGGAAAGAACUUAAAAAAGAUCAUAAUAUGUUUACAGAUACUAGGACCUCAUCCCAUAAUUUUCUAUAAAGUUGAAGCUAUGGGGUAACAUACCUUGACGAGUUCACCUUCACAAUAACCAUCAAACUCUGCUCUGCAAAAAGAACACAACAGUAGCAAAAGUAAAUAAUAAUGAUAAAGUUGCAAACAAGCCAUGAAAUGUGGAGACAUCCUGAAACUUACGCAGCAAGUUCUUUUUGGACGCGUACUGCUUCAACUUGAACAACCAUUUGAGCCUUUUUCACAGUCUCAUAUAAAUUUUGCAU